UCUGGUGAAAGAGGUGUUGGUUAAAAGUUAAAACCCCAAAAUGGAAAUUCCGCACUCCCCAGUACGAGUGUACGACUGCUGGGUCAAUCAUCCCUUCGACUUCUACCCUUCCAUCGUUCUGUAAACCCUAACUAUUGCAGAAUUUGAGCCGAAGAUCAUCGAAUUCUUCCAGAUUUGACGCUGUUAUUCCUCUCUGAUAUUUAUUCACAAACUUUUAUGAUGCGCUAGCGAUUCAGAUUGAUUGGGGUGUUCAAUUGGAUUUCGAGUUAAAUUAAGGUUGUAAGCGUCGUGAAUUGAUUUGUCAUGGAGGGGAAUUCUGGAGGCAGCGGAGGGAAUGACGUGGAGCUGCUGUGUAAGACGUUGCAGGUGGAGCAUAAGCUGUUCUACUUCGAUCUCAAGGAGAAUCCGCGGGGACGGUAUCUCAAAAUCUCGGAGAAGACGUCUGCCACCAGGUCUACAAUUAUCGUUCCCUUCUCUGGAAUCUCUUGGUUUUUGGAUCUAUUCAAUUAUUACGUCAAUAGUGAUGAUCAGGACGUCUGUAGCAAGGAAUUGCAGCUCGAUACCAAGGUCUUCUACUUUGACAUUGGCGAAAAUCGCAGGGGUCGCUUCUUGAAGGUAUCUGAAGCUUCUGUUAGUAGAAACCGCAGUACUAUUAUUGUUCCUGCUGGAAACACCCAGGAUGAAGGUUGGGCAGCAUUCAGGAAUAUUUUGGCUGAGAUUAACGAAGCAUCUAGGCUGUUUAUGUUGCCCAAUCAGCAAGGCUCUGAAGCAUCAGAACAUCUGGUUGGCCUUUCUGAUGAUGUAGGGGCUGGCUUCAUAGCUGGUCACAGUAGCCAACCUGCUUCAUCUUCUGAACUGAACAUGAACAGGCCAGUUGAGUUGCCUGCACAUGAUGAAAUGGGGCUUACAAAAGUAAUGAGGGUUGAUCAGAAGAGAUUCUUCUUUGACCUUGGAAGCAACAACAGAGGUCAUUUUUUGAAGAUUUCAGAGGUUGCAGGCACUGAUCGGUCCUCGAUCAUUCUCCCGCUUUCGGGGCUGAAACAACUUCAUGAAACAAUUGGUCAUUUUGUGGAGAUAACCAAAGAUAGAAUGGAAGGAAUGACAGGUGCAAAUGUUCGGACAGUGGAUCCUCCUCAGAGAUGAUUUCUGAUGAUGUGGAGUUUGGUCAUGAAAAAAAUAAUUCCAUUCCGCCAAGGUGGUCUUGGAGCUACAAAAUAGGUGUUCGGUUAGGGGUGCAAUUGUUCCCAGUGGUGUUAACCUUUUCCUUUUUCUUGCUUUUCCUAUUUCUCUCGAUUCAGGUCUGAAAAUAAACGGACUUCUCUGUUUGAUGAACAGAAAUUUACGGGGAAUACUUCCCAGUGUAGAGUCAUGUAGGGAAUAACUAAUGAAACAAACUAAGCAUAUAACUGUCAGUUUGAUAUGCGGCACCUGCCUAAGAUUUUCAAUAAUGUGUAUUUCUGAUGCUGUUGUUCAGUUGCUGUCACGUGCUGUUUUCGAACUGAUUGUCCAGCUUUGCACCUUGUAAUUGAGGUUCUUGUGGUUGUAACUAUGGCUUUCUAGUGUGUGGCACUGCUGGUUGCUUUUGGUUGGUCCAUGUGCUAAAUCAUUGAUAUUCUGAAGCGAAAAGAUCCACUUUUUGGACUUA